GUGCCGGGCUUCCGCGAGGUCGGCAGCGUUAGGGCGUCCCGCACAGCGUUCUGCCCCGUCCAGGAGAAGCCAACCCAUCCCGUGAUGCCCGCCCCGCCGUGCUCUUCCUGCCAUGCGGCACGUGCCGCCCUCCGCCGUCCAAGCUCGGGGUGCGCGCUGUGCGGCCCCUGCUUCUGCACCGCCUUCGAGGCCGAGGUGCUGCACACGGUGCUCGCUGGCCGCCUGCUGCCGCCCGGCGCCGUGGUGGCCGUGGGCGCCUCGGGAGGCAAGGACUCCACCGUGCUGGCGCACGUGCUGCGCGAGCUCACGCCCCGCCUGGGCAUCUCGCUGCGCCUGGUGGCCGUAGACGAGGGCAUCGGCGGCUACCGGGACGCGGCGCUGGCGGCCGUGCGGCGCCAGGCUGCGCGCUGGGAGCUACCGCUCACCAUCGUGGCCUACGCGGACCUCUUCGGGGGCUGGACGAUGGACGCCGUGGCCCGCAGCACGGCCGGCUCUGGCCGCAGCCGCUCCUGCUGCACCUUCUGCGGGGUGCUGCGACGCCGAGCGCUGGAGGAAGGGGCACGCCUUGUGGGAGCCACGCACAUUGUGACGGGACACAACGCUGACGACAUGGCCGAGACUGUGCUCAUGAACUUCCUGCGGGGCGACGUGGGGCGGCUGGCCCGGGGCGGGGGCCUGGGCUCCCCGGGCGAGGGGGGCGCCCUGCCGCGCUGCCGCCCGCUGCAGUUCGCCUCGCAGAAGGAAGUGGUGCUGUACGCGCACUUUCGUCGCCUCGACUACUUCUCCGAGGAGUGCGUCUACGCGCCCGAGGCCUUCCGCCCAAACUACAGUAACACUUAG